GAAGAAGCAGAAGAAGGAAGAAGAAGAAGAAGAAGAAGAAGAAGGAGCGUUAGUACUGAGCUGUCAUAAAGGAGCAGAUUCCGUUCAGUGUAUUUUCCGGGCAGCUAUGGAUGUAGCGCUGUAUGUGAUAGCUGCUGCCGUCCUCGUCGUCCUCAUACUGUUCGCCGUGAAGGUGCGGAGGCAGACACGGGCAGCCGACGAGGACCAGCGCAGGGAUGUUGUGCGUGCAGCGGGGCCCCCUCAGCGAGCAGCAGAGGAGCGAGGAGCCGGCAUGCCUCGCCGGAGGAGGAACCUGGCCAGUGUGAUGGCAAACAGACGACCUCAGAGAGAAGCUGUGGAGCGCGAGGAGGAGCCUGUGGAGGAAGACGAGGUGGAGCAGCAGAGCUUCCAGGCUGAGAUGGAAGAACGGGAGGAAAGGAGGAGGAUGCAGGAGCUCAGAGAGCAGGAGAGGCAGCAGGCGGAGGAGAAGGAGCGUCUGCAGGAACAGAAACAGGAGGAGCAGGAGCGCCGAGCUAAAGAGGAGCAGGAAAAGCGCGAGGAGGAAGAGUACCUGAGACUCAAGGCUUCCUUCAUCGUAGAAGAGCAGGGAGAGGAGGAGCAGCUCUCUGAGGACCAGUCACGCAACCUGCUGCAAGAAUUCAUCCAGCACAUCGAGACCUCGAAGGUGGUUCUCCUGGAGGAUCUGGCUUCUCAUUUUGGGAUGAGGACACAAGAUGCCAUCAGCAGACUGCAGGACCUGCUGGCUGAAGGCUCCCUCACAGGUUAGCGCGUCAAGACUGUUCAAAUACACUGAACAUGUCAGAUCCAAUAUGCCAGGAGGCCAGAAGAUGAAUUAUUACAUAAUUAAUGAGCAUUCGUCCUGAGUGAGAUGCCAGGCUGAGCCCGACUGCACAUCCUUCCACAUGUUCAUGGACGACUUCAGCUCGUUCCUGGCAGUAAGCAGAGCUUCUGUGCUUGAUGCUGCCACCAGAUGUCCAAGUAACUGUCUGAGCAUUGGUUCUGGUUGCUGUUAUGAAGUGCUGAUGUAGUAACUAGAAGGCAGAUCCUACCUGUGGGGUGGCUUUAGCUCAGGUGGUAGAGCAGGUCACCCAACCAGAAGGUUGGUGGUUCAUUCCCAGUCUGCUGAGUGAAUGUGAGGCUACGUUCACUCUGCAGGUCUUAAUGCUCAAUCAAAUCAAAUCCGAUUUUUUUGUCUG